CACACCUAGUCUCUAAGAAAGUGUUAAAAGGACCUGAACAAAGUCUGCUCUAACCUCCUGCUGUGAACCAGCAGAACUUACAAACAGAUUUCUUCACGUGUAAAAAUCCAUUGUAAAAAUACAGAAAAGAAUGGCAGCGGAAACGCAGACCCUGAACUUUGGGCCUGAAUGGCUCCGAGCUCUGUCCAGUGGUGGCAGUAUUACAUCCCCGCCUCUUUCUCCAGCGUUGCCGAAGUAUAAAUUAGCGGAUUAUCGUUAUGGCAGAGAAGAAAUGUUAGCACUUUUCCUUAAAGACAACAAGAUACCUUCAGACCUUCUGGAUAAAGAAUUUUUGCCUAUCCUGCAGGAGGAGCCCCUGCCGCCAUUGGCUCUUGUGCCCUUUACAGAAGAAGAGCAGAGAAACUUUUCCAUGUCUGUAAAUAGUGCCGCUGUCCUGCGAUUGACAGGACGAGGAGGAGGAGGAACAGUGGUGGGGGCUCCUAGAGGUCGAAGUUCUUCAAGAGGGAGAGGCAGAGGCAGAGGUGAAUGUGGUUUCUACCAAAGAAGUUUUGAUGAAGUAGAGGGUGUGUUUGGUCGAGGAGGUGGCAGGGAAAUGCAUAGAUCGCAAAGCUGGGAGGAAAGGGGUGACAGACGUUUUGAAAAACCGGGUCGAAAAGAUGUAGGGAGACCAAAUUUUGAGGAAGGUGGACCAACAUCAGUGGGGAGAAAGCAUGAAUUUAUACGAUCAGAAAGUGAGAACUGGCGCAUCUUUAGAGAGGAACAGAAUGGAGAAGAUGAAGACGGAGGGUGGCGCCUCGCUGGGUCGAGAAGGGAUGGAGAGAGGUGGCGGCCCCACAGCCCUGAUGGCCCUCGUUCUGCAGGCUGGCGGGAGCACAUGGAACGGCGGCGAAGGUUUGAGUUCGAUUUUCGAGAUCGAGAUGAUGAACGGGGUUACCGGAGGGUGCGCUCUGGCAGUGGCAGCAUAGAUGACGACAGGGACAGCUUGCCUGAAUGGUGCUUAGAGGAUGCUGAGGAGGAGAUGGGCACAUUCGACUCAUCUGGAGCAUUCCUCUCUCUAAAAAAAGUACAGAAAGAGCCUAUUCCAGAAGAGCAGGAGAUGGACUUCAGGCCUGUUGAGGAAGGAGAGGAGUGCUCUGAUUCUGAGGGCAGCCAUAACGAAGAGGCCAAAGAACCUGAUAAGACGAAUAAGAAAGAGGGAGAGAAAGCAGAUAGAGUUGAAGCAAGUGAGGAAACACCACAAACCUCCUCCUCAUCUGCGAGACCAGGUACUCCUUCAGACCAUCAGCCUCAGGAAGCACCACAGUUUGAGAGGAAAGAUGAAUCAAAAACUGAGCCAAUGGAAAAAGCUGAAGAGGAGAGUAGGAUGGACAACAGCGUGCCAGCCACAGUGCCCAGCCGAGGGGACGAAAUGGUUCCUGAUGUCCAGCAGCCCUUGUCACAGAUUCCUUCAGACACAGCCUCUCCUCUUCUCAUACUUCCACCUCCUGUUCCCAGUCCCAGUCCUGCCCUGCGGCCAGUUGAAACGCCAGUCGUAGGUGCUCCCGGAAUGGGCAGUGUUUCCACAGAACCAGAUGAUGAAGAGGGUCUCAAACAUUUGGAGCAGCAAGCUGAGAAGAUGGUGGCUUAUCUCCAAGACAGUGCACUAGAUGAUGAGAGGCUGGCAUCAAAACUGCAGGAGCACAGAGCUAAAGGCACAUCGAUCCCCCUGAUGCACGAAGCAAUGCAGAAGUGGUAUUAUAAAGAUCCUCAGGGAGAGAUUCAAGGUCCCUUCAAUAAUCAAGAGAUGGCAGAAUGGUUCCAGGCGGGCUAUUUUACUAUGUCUUUGUUGGUGAAGAGAGCAUGUGAUGAGAGCUUCCAGCCUCUUGGUGAUAUCAUGAAAAUGUGGGGAAGGGUUCCCUUCUCUCCAGGUCCAGCUCCCCCCCCUCAUAUGGGAGAGUUGGACCAGGAACGACUGACCAGGCAGCAGGAACUCACAGCCCUGUACCAGAUGCAGCACCUCCAGUACCAGCAGUUCUUACUCCAACAACAGUACGCACAGGUUUUGGCUCAACAGCAGAAGGCAGCCCUGUCUUCCCAGCAGCAGCAGCAGCUGGCACUUCUUCUCCAACAGUUCCAGGCCCUGAAGAUGAGAAUAUCUGAUCAGAACAUCAUUCCUUCAGUAACUAGGUCUGUGUCGGUGCCAGAUACGGGCUCUAUCUGGGAGCUUCAGUCAGCAACCUCACAGCCUACAGUUUGGGAAGGUGGUAGUGUAUGGGAUCUUCCCCUGGACCCUGCGACGCCAGGCCCUGCUCUGGAACAGCUUCAGCAGCUGGAGAAGGCUAAAGCUGCAAAGCUAGAGCAGGAGAGAAGAGAGGCAGAAAUGAGGGCAAAACGGGAAGAGGAGGAGCGAAAAAGGCAAGAAGAACUCCGGAGACAGCAGGAGGAAAUUCUUCGGAGACAGCAGGAAGAAGAAAGGAAAAGACGGGAAGAAGAAGAGCUUGCUCGAAGGAAACAGGAAGAGGCUCUGCGACGCCAGAGAGAGCAGGAAAUUGCGUUAAGACGACAGCGAGAAGAGGAAGAAAGACAGCAGCAAGAAGAAGCUCUUAGAAGACUAGAGGAGAGAAGGAGAGAAGAGGAAGAGAGGCGAAAGCAGGAAGAAUUGUUACGCAAGCAGGAAGAGGAGGCUGCAAAAUGGGCCCGGGAAGAAGAAGAAGCCCAGCGUCGACUAGAGGAGAACCGACUGCGAAUGGAAGAGGAGGCGGCCAGGCUCCGGCACGAGGAGGAGGAACGGAAGAGGAAGGAGCUGGAGCUCCAGCGGCAGAAGGAGCUGAUGCGCCAGCGGCAGGCGCCGCACCAGCAGCUGGCGCAGAUGAAGCUUCCCUCUUCUUCAACGUGGGGCCAACAGUCCAGCACGACAGCCUGCCAGGCCCAGGCCACGCUGUCCUUGGCUGAGAUCCAAAAGCUGGAAGAAGAGCGAGAACGGCAGCUUCGAGAAGAGGUGCGCUUUAAACAAAGGCGCCAGCAGAGGGAGCUGAUGAAAGCUCUGCAGCAGCAGCAGCAGCAGCAGCAGCAGCAAAAACUGACAGGCUGGGGGAACGUCAGCAAACCAGCAGGUACCACGAAAUCUCUUCUGGAGAUCCAGCAGGAGGAGGCCAGGCAGAUGCAGAAGCAGCAGCAGCAGCAGCAGCAGCAGCAGCAGCAGCAGCCAAACAGAGCCCGGAGUAACACGCAUUCCAACUUGCACACCAGCAUUGGGACUUCUGUUUGGGGCUCUAUAAAUACUGGCCCUCCUAACCAGUGGGCAUCUGACCUAGUCAGUAGUAUCUGGAGUAAUGCUGACACUAAAAACUCCAACAUGGGAUUCUGGGAUGAUGCAGUGAAAGAAGUGGGACCUAGGAAUUCGUCAAAUAAAAAUAAAAACAACGCCAGUCUCAGUAAAUCUGUAGGUGUGUCUAACCGGCAGAAUAAGAAAGUAGAAGAAGAAGAAAAGUUGCUGAAGCUCUUUCAGGGAGUAAAUAAAGCCCAAGAUGGAUUUACCCAGUGGUGUGAACAGAUGCUUCAUGCCCUUAAUACGGCAAAUAACUUGGAUGUUCCCACGUUUGUUUCUUUCCUGAAAGAAGUAGAAUCUCCGUAUGAGGUCCAUGAUUAUAUCAAGGCCUACUUGGGAGAUACUUCUGAGGCCAAGGAGUUUGCCAAGCAGUUCCUUGAGCGUC